AAGAAAGAAAUUCUGACACCUGCUAAAACACGGAUGCACCUAGAGGACAUGAUGCUGAGUGAAAUAAGCCAGACACAAAAGGACAAAUACCGUCUGAUGCCACUCACACGAGGUCCCUAGGGGAGUCAAAUCCGUAGACAGAAAAGCAGGAGGGUGGGUGUUGGGCUGGGGAGUGAGUGUUUAACGGGGACAGAGUUUCGGUUUGGGAAGGUGGAAAGUUCUGGAGAUCUACUGCCUAACAAGGCCCGUGUAGUUUACGCUACUGAACUGCUACUGAACACUUAAAAAUGGUUAAGAUGGUUAAUUUUAUGUUAUGUGCUUUGUACCACAAACAAUACAAAAAAGAACAAAAGAAAAGAUUGUGGUUCAUAACAGAUGUUCAGUAUACGUUAGUUCCCUUUUCUGAGUAAUAUUUUACGCUAAUUUCACCACUGUAAUCAAUACAGAUAUGAAAAAACACACCUUCACAGCAACACCUAGACUAGUGUUUGGGCAAACACCUGGGCUUGUAGCCUGGCCGACGGGAUGCAAAACUGACCCUCGUGCCCUCCUUCUCCGCAGGCCCUUGCCCUUCCCGCACCCCCUGCCCCACUGCCAUCGGGCGGCAGCCCACACCAGCCUUCUUCUUCUCCAGCUGUGGUCCGGGCGUACAGAUGUGACUAGUUUCCUUGAAAUGGUCUGGGGAUUUUUGAGGGAAGGGGUGGGAAAGUCUUUUCUCACCGUCACAAAGCCUGAAGCCACGGCCCGGAGCAGCCAGGACAAAGGUAGGGCGCCCAGAGCCGGCUUCCUCUUCCAUCCCGGCCCGGGGCCGCUGGCCCGGUGCCCGCUGGGGCCAUUUUGUCCCCGUCAGCACAAAUCUCGCGGCCUCAGCAGCUGUCCUGGGCCUCAGCAGGAAAUGUCCCUGUGGCUUCCAUAUUCUGGCAGGCUGAGGGCCAGCCAGGCCGGUGGGGUACAGGGCAUACCUCGCCUGCUCAGAUCCGUCAGGUGGUCAUGGGGCCGAGGCAGAUGUGUGUCGGCGUGCGUGACUCUGGGGGCCAUGCACGGGGGUGAGGGGAACUAGUGGGGGCCUUCUGUGACUAUCGCUGGGGGCAGGAGCUGGAGGGGGGAUGGAAGGAGCCCCCUCCGCCCCAGCUUGUAAUCACAGACCUCCGAGUGCCGUGGCCAGGCCAGCAGGUCACUGCCCCGACAGGAGCACCGGGACCUGGGCCUGGUGUCGGGAGCCGGAGCCGCUGCCCCAGGUCGGGGUGGCGGCGGGUGUGUGUGUCCGAGGGCUGAGCACACAUAGGCAGGGGUGUGUGUGCUGCGGUGGCGUCUUGUUACUAAACAGCCAGGCCACGGGGCUCCCUCGGGAGCCAGCUUUGCUCUUCUGAGCGGAAGGGGGUCAGGUUUCCCUGAGACUAGCCCCUGACCGCCCAGAGGACACCUGGCUUGGCCUCCCCAUGGCCAGUCCGGCCCCCUGGUCCUGUUUGCUCCGCCUCCUCUUGCCCCUAGCUCGUGGCCAGCUGUCUUCUCCUGGGACUGUGGACCCCCAGCCCCUUCUGUGCAGGGUGGCCAGAGGAGGAUCCCACUGCAUUUGUUUAUUGAACCUGUCUUUAGAGGGUGUCUGCAAAGUGCUGGCACCAUGCUGGGCCCUGGGUCCUUGGGGAUGUGAGGGUGACACCUGGCCAUGGAGGGCCGUCAACAAGAGCCCUCACCAAGCACAGCUCCAGCGCCACCGUGCAGUGUCCCCUCAGCUGGCCACAGACAUGACGGAGCGCCUGACGGCGGAGCAGAUCAAGGAGUACGAGGGGGUCUUUGAGAUGUUUGACGAGGAGGGCAACGGGGCGGUGAAGACGGACGAGCUGGAGCGGCUCGUGAGUCUGCUGGGCAUCAACCCCACCAAGAGCGAGCUGGCCUCCAUGGCCAAGGACGUGGACAGAGAGAAGAAAGGGUUCUUCAACUGCGAGGGCUUCCUGGCGCUGAGGGGCGUGUACUGGGAGAAGGCCCAGAACCAGGAGAGUGAGCUCAGGGCGGCCUCCCGCAUCUUCGACAAGGAGGGCAAGGGCUACAUCGACUGGGGCGCGCUCAAGUACGUGCUCGCGCGUGCGGGCGAGCCCCUCAGCGAGGUGGAGGCCGCGCAGAUGAUGAAGGAAGCCGACAAGGACGGGGGCGGGACCAUCGACUACGAGGGUGAGUGGGGGAUGGGCCUGGGAGCCCGGCGGCCGGGUCGGGCCAGGCUGCUGACUUGUCCCUCUGCUCUCAGAGUUCGUGGCCAUGAUGACUGGGGAGUCCUUCAAGCUGGUCCGGUAGGAGCAGCCACUGCGGCCGUGGGAAGCCCGCUGCCUGCUGCCAUCACCCUGCUGCCCACCCUGCCAUCCGCCCCAUGCCAGCUCCGUGGCCAAUAAACGCUCCAGCCAGA